AUGUCGCAAACAGAGAAGAAGUCACUCCACGCCUUGAGCGUGGAAAAUCCUGAUUUCCAGGCCUACCCAUUGUUUUGGACCCCUCACCAUCUUGAGCUAGUGGGCUGCCGAUUUCUCGAGGUAGAAGCGACCAGCGACCUGCACGGACGUCAUGUCCAGCAGGAUGGUAGAUUAACAUAUUAUGCUACCCGACUUGCGACAUCCCCGGUCGAGAACCUGAAAUCACAUUACGUACGCUCAUUGUUUCGCGGAACCGGGCUUUUGGAAUUUGUCUGGGUCUCGACGGCCUUCCAUUAUGCUGGCCGUCUAGUUCACGUCCCAGUUUGCAAUGCGUUUCGCAUUGCAAGCCAUAUUCAGGUUCCUCAUCCGGAACCGAUUAUCGGUUACUACUCGUACAAGGCAGACGAGGACCGUCGUGUGAAGUUCACGCCCCGGACUGGCCCCCUGGGUACCUGGAACCUUCCGAUCCAACGCCUCUACGGGCGUAGACUCGCGAGAGUCACCCCACAAGACUGGACCCUGGACCCCUACAUCGUCUGCGUACUCCUAAGCCUUGCGCAGGUCCAGUCACGUUCAGACAACACGCAGCAGCCCCGUCUGUACCUGGUCCGCCUCCUUGUAACACACAGGGAUGACCACCAAAGUUCCUAUGUCUACAAAGUAGACUUCCCCUCCCAGCUCUUGGAGUGCCUCAAGUCUCCUACACGCCCCAUGACUGAUGUUGUGUUCCCCUCCAUCGAGGUGGGCAAGGUGGCUUUUGAGCCUUAUGAGACCUUUGGUAGCCGAGCCGUUGAAGCCCUCAUCGGCCCCCAGUACCAGUCAUCGACAGCCUAG